UCCCUAAUCGCGAAAAAGCACCCCCUAGCGUGCAAAAUCCAAAACCUUCCUUUUGUCUCCUUCAAUCCAAUAUGGCGGUAAACGAUGUAUGAAUGGUGCAGAAUGUUAUGAUUUGAAACGAAUAAUAAAAAUAGUAAAAUAGCAACGAAACCCGUGAAAUAAGCGCUUCAACCGGUGUGUUAACGACAAAACACUGUUAUUAAUACAAACGGAUCAAUAUUCAGUGACGUGUGUGUGAAAAACCGUGUUAUUUUUAUUUGUGUAAUAUUAUUUUUCUGUGUGGGUUUUCGCUAAUGCAUCACGGUGUAUUGCUAUGUGACAGAAAACGUAGAUAUGUCUACCGAUGCUGAUAAGGAAACGGCAUGUCCGAGUGUUAGUGCAAAUCAGAGUGGCGGGGACGACUCGACGGAGGAAGCGAGCAAAAAGAAGAGAUCCUCUCGAAAAGUCAACUUUCCUGAUGAGGAACACCUUGUCACUCAGUAUUUCGAGCCUGCGAACCCUUGGCAAAAUGUGCCGGCGACGACGCGGGCGCAGCUGGCGGCGGAGUACCUCGAGUCGUGCCGGCGCCACAACACGCCCGCCAUCGACUCCGUGCUGCUGCAGAUACGGGAACUGCCGGAAGGCGUGAUAGGCGGCGGCAUGCGCGCGCCGCGCCUCACGCUCUCCUGCUGUUCUCUUCUCGGCUCCGCUCCGUGCGACGCUCUAGAGGCAGUGCUACAUCGCGCGCAGUUCCGCCGUCUUGAGCUAGAAUGCGACAUGGACGACGAGGGAGCGGAGGCUUUGUUCGAUAUGAUUGAAUACUAUGAGAGCGCCACGACGGUGGCCAUCUCCGGGCCGCGGCACUUCGGCAUCCGGGGCUGGCAGUCGGCUUCUAGAAUGAUCAAGAAGAGCGCAGAGCUGUCCGAACUAGAAGUGUCAGACGGACCAAUCGAAGCGACGCACGCGCCGGUUCUAGCGCGCGCACUGCGACCGGCCGCGUGCAGACUACGCUCCCUCUGCCUGCAGCGCGCGGGGCUGGCCGGCGAGCCGCUCCUGUGCCUCGUAAUAGCACUAAAAUGCAACCGGUCGGUACGAGAGCUCCGGCUGUGCGAUAACCGGCUGACGGGCGCCGACGCCGCCCAGAUAGCCACGCUACUCAAAAUCAACUCCCGGAUACAGCUGCUCGACCUGUCCAACAACCAGAUACAGGAUGCAGGCGUGGGUCACAUAGCGGACGCGCUGGUCGAGCAGUCCACGCAGUCUCCGCCCUCCGCCAACAGCUCACCUAUGUCACCACACACGUGUCCGCUGAUUGGCGGCGGGCACGAGGCGCGCGGGCUGGCGUUCCUGGUGCUGUGGAACAACCAGCUCACGCGCAACGCCGCGCACCACCUCGCCAGGAUGGUGCGGGCGUCGAAGUCGCUAUACGUGCUGAACGUGGGCCGCAACGCUAUCGGAAGCGCCGGCGUGCGCGUGGUCGGCGCCGGAGCCCUGCUGUCGCUCGGGCUCCAGGGGGUGCGGCUCCUGUCCGACGCGGCGCCGCUGCUGCGGCAGGCGCUGCUGCAGGACACGCACCUGCAGAGGAUAGACCUGCGCGACAAUAGGCUGGGCGCAGAAGGACUGCAGGCGAUCCUCAACGCCAUGGAGACCAACACCACCCUGACUCAGGUCGACCUGGACGACCCCGCGGAGUCAUCCCCGAGCGAGGAUCUAGUCGCGCGGCUGACGCGCGAAGUGCGCGCCCUGUGCCGGCGCAACGAGCCCGCCGCCGCCAGCCCCGAGCGACGCGUCACCAGGAAGAUCAGCCUCACCUGCCACACGCACUGUCUGCACCGGAGCCUGGCGGCGGAGGAGCCCCGCGCGGGCCGGGAGGGGGGCGGGGGGAGGGACACGCGGCUGCGCUCCCCCGCGCCCUCCCCCGCCGGCUCCCCCACCCCCGCCAUGCACCCCUCGCGCUUCUCCGUGACGCGGGUAACGCCCGAGCGCUCGCCGACCGACACGGCGGCGCUGCGCUCGCCGUACUCAACCCCUUCCAGGUUCAAAGUCAUACAGGUAGCGGAGCCGCCACAGAUCCAAGUACAGUCAGCUACGCCGGAACAACCAACCCUGCGGUCCUCGCGAUUCUCCGUGACGCGCAACAUGGACACCAUGUAUAACCCCUCCGCGCCCUCCCCCCCGCCUACACCCAUGACCACCAAGCACAAGCCCAGCAGUGGGCGGGACCCCACAGAAUGCACCAACUGUCAGACCAACGAUGAGAUAACUAAACUGACAGAGAACAGUAAAGUUAAUGAUGUUAAAGACACUAGUGUGAAAGAGUGUGGCGAUAAAGAGGACGAAGAUAAAACUGAAAAGACGAAAAGUGAUAAAUCGAGUGAUGAAACUGUUGUUAAUAGUGUAAAUAGUGAUACGGUUAGUGAUAGAGACUUGGAGAACGUUUUUCACGACAAGACGGAGAGCCUGUCCCACGACGAGGCCGUUAGUGUAAUAGGUGAUAAUAAAAUUACUAAAACGGAGACGAAAUUAGUUACAAAUAGCAAAACGGUGAGUGAGAGUGAGAGGAUAGAUGUACAGGUGUCCGUUACGGUGAAGAAGGAGACGGUAGAUACGCCCAAAGCGCACGACCAAAUCAAAGAAGAUAAGGAGGUGGAGAAACGUGACGACGUCGCCAUGAAACAGAUAGAAGCGAUCACGGAGGACCUCGGCAACCUUAUAGAGGAGCUGCGCGACAGAACUAAAACCGUUAAACCUGUUAAAGUGAAGAGUGAUUGCACGCAAACUGAUAUAAAUAUAGAUAGCAAAUUAGAUACCUUUGACGAUGUACCUGUUAUUAAUCGAGAUAAUGUAGUUCUUAAGAAAAACAAAAGCGAAUCGAGCCUGGACAGCCCCGAUUUAGAAGUGUCCAGGCUUAUGAACAAAAAGUUGAUCGGCAGCCCGUUCUGCGACAGCAGUUCCUCUUUGGAAAUAUCCGGAAGCUCCAUGGAGAGUCUGAAUGCGAUAGACCAGCCGGCCAAACCUAUCAUCAUACAGGAGUCCGUUGAAUCAGAUUCAGAACUGGAUAGAAGAAAAACUGAUGUGGUAUUGUCUACUGAGAGCAGUAUAGAAUCCACGAGUGAAGUUACCCCCAUCAACAGUGGCAACUUCCUGAACAUGUCUGUCAGCUCCAACGAGAGUGUAUCUCCGAUAAUAUUUGGAAAAAACAAGAAGAUACACGGAUCACUAUCCAGCCUGGAGGCGAGCGUGAGCUCUUUGGAGUCCAGACAAGAAAAAGUUAUGGUAACUUCAGCCGAUUCCGGUAUAGAAUAUUCCUUGCAAAAUGCAAUAGAAAAUAAAGAAGACACCUCAUCCAAUGAAGGCACUUUAACAAACAAUUCCAGUUUAAAAGAAACUGUAAAGAAAGACGGUUUCCAACUGCAGGAAACCCUCACCUGCUCUCCCAAGAGAACGUCCAGUUUGCUCGAUGUGCCCGCACUGAAAACGAAAGGUUUGGACAGGAUGAGGAAAAUAUCGUGGGUCGCGCCGUCAGCCAGCUUCCAUAUACCGAGGCCGGAACCGGAAAAGGAAUCCAAAAUACCUGGCCAUUUAGAAAAAUUACUAAGCCUCUUCCAACACCCCACCAGUAUAUUUUCUAGAAACUCUGAAGACGAAAAGAAAUCCGCUUCAAACACUCCUCCUAGAAAGGAUUCUUCUCUCACCAGCUCGUUCUGGUCCUGGAGCAGUGCCACCGAGAAGACUGAAGAGAGAGAAGACGUAGAAAGUAUUUCAGAAGCAACAGAUUCCACUCUUUCGGAAAGAGUCCAAGUAUCUUUCGUCGACGAGUCUUUCUCGAAGAAACUCGACAGCAAAACGCCGUCGACGGAUACGGACAACACGCUAAGCGAGUUCCAGUCCUUGCAGCAAGGCAACUCGGAGGCGAGCGAGCCCGAAAUAGAUAAAGUUACCGAAAAAACCACCGAUGACAAUUUAGUACAAAACUGUUUAGGUUUAAGCUUCCAGUGUGACGCUAGCGCCAACGGGAAUAAAGACGUGGCCAGAGCGUGUGAUAUACUAGAUCUCAGUAAACCCAACGACUUAAAUAAAAACUAUGAUACGAGUAAGCCAGACAACAAGACCUCCGGGGACGAAUCUAAAGAAGAUAAAGAGCCCGUCAGACCUAGGUCUUUUGCUGCGGUCUUGAAGGCGUCCGGCUCGGAGAACACUCUAGACAAGCAGAGUCCGGAAACCGGACAAUCGGUUGACAAACUACCGAGCAAGGUUAUCCGGGGCAUCAAAGAGAAUAUAAGCCCUGAAAACACAUUGACGUCCACUAUGACUAACGCUUUAGCUUUUGAACUGACUGAGAAACAGCUUAAAAGCCAACCGAUAGUGAACACAGUUUGGGAAGUGACGUUAGACAAUGAACCUAAAUUAGAGGAGAAAGUAGAUUUAGCGCCCAUAGCUACUAUAGAAGAAACAUGUGACGAGACGAUAGAAAACGCACAGAUAGAUUAUAUUGACGAUAUCAAAUUCAUUGAUGACAAAAACACUUCUAGUGUCACUUUGGAAGGUGAGAAAGUAAAAGAUUUGGAAAGUGUUGACUUAGGUAAAGAUGCAUUAUCGUACCUUAUUUAUGAAAACCAGCUCGUACCGAAGGAAACGAAGUCUGAAGCUGAACCUAGCUUAGCUCAAGAAUUAAGAGACGCUGAAAUUAAGGAGCAACUCGAUCUAUCACCAGAGGUUGUAGAUGAAGCUAUAGAGCCAGAAGUGUGCAAAGACUUGAAGACGUCACCAGUCAUCCCGGAAAGAGCGAAGCUCAAGAAAGCUAACUCAGCUGAGGACAUCUCGCAGUGCGAGGAGAGUCAGAAGAAAACCAUUGCCUUCAAAGUGCCUGAAAUAGUCUCAACACCAAGGGAUAUACCAGAAAGAAGAAGGAAAUUACGAUCGCGAAGCGGUUCCAGUCCCAAAUCUUUGCCAGAGAGUUUGAACAAGCCAUCGCCGUUAACCAAAAUGGACUCUGUAUUGUUUAAGAAAAAGAAAAAGGUGUCGUCUCUAGGGAAAAUAGCUAGAGAUUCUCUGCUGGCGCUGAACAUGAGCGAAGAAGAGAUUGCAGAGUUCAGACGAUCGUACAAGCUUACUUCAGUAGAGAGCUUGAGGUCUUUGGAGUCUGUUUCCGAAGAUGCGAACUCUCAAAGCGGGGCCUCGGUUGAUUCGAGAUGUAGAUCCUGUCUGCGGACCUCUCAGGAGAGCCUCAUGUCUCUGGACUCCAUAAAUGAGGACUGCCGGUGUGGUGAGGACGAAAAGCAGAGCCAAUCGGGAAGAUAAUCGGGUACUUUAAAUCAGAAUUAUUGGGAGACUAUGGUCGAGUAUAUUGUUAAGGGCUUGCGACUUGUUGUUUCGCUCUAAAUGAUUUGGUUUUUUUUCAUCAUUUACAUUUGUUUAAGUACAAAUUAUAAUAAUCAAUGUUUUUGAUGCUUGUAUGCUAAUGCUUGUAAAUAGAGGUUUUCAUUGGGAGAAAAUAACAAGUUAUAAUACGCCCCCUGUUGUAAAAUAUAAAGCUGUAAUGUUACAUAAUGAUGACGUAUUUGCCAACGUCAUAUAUAUGUAAAUAAACUUAUCUACUCAAAUUAUCCAUAGUACUCCCAAGAUUCGCGCCACUUGCACCAUCCCACUAACCCGGGGUUGGUUAAACCGUUAACCCAGUCUCAAAUUUUAGGGCCAAGGCGGAAACAGUGGCUCAGCCAAACAGUGGCUCAGCCAAACAGUGGCUCAGUCGCCCAAAUAUCGCCUCUCGUGUUUAAAUUAGGUUGAGUGAGCCACUGUGCCCGGCCUUCUUCUACCGACCCACUGUUCCCUCCUUGACCCUUCUGGUAACCAUGGUAACUCUUGGUUUAACCGGUUAACCCCGGGUUAGUGGGAUGGUGCAAAUGGGCCUUAGUGUAUUAAAUAUUAUGUACAGUGCGUUUUAAAUUUUAUAUAAAAGAAUAAGAUAAUCCAUUCUUUAAUAUAUGCGUUUGCAUAAAAUAUAUGUACAGAUGGUAGAUUAUGUGUUUGCACACUAAUAUUGUCUAUUUCCAACAAUAAGGAAAAGAGAGGGACAAAAUGUUUUCGAUAAUACUAGUGUGCAGAAUACGGUGUUUAUGAUAGUGGUUCAAUAUAUCAAAUUGAUAUGUUGAAAUUUCUUCUCAAAAGUUUAUUACUAUAGUAAAUAUAUGAAAUAAUCAUGUAUCUAACAUAAUGUAGCACACUUCGCUGGAUUCUAUGACAAUACAGUCGCGUAUUACUCUUCGAAGGUCGCAAAAAUAUUAGUCUUCGAAGGUCGCAAAAAUAUUACUCUUCGAAGGCCGCAAAAAUAUUACUCUUCGAAGGUCGCAAAAAUAUUACUCUUUGAAGGCUGCAAAAAUAUCUCUUCGAAGGCCGCAAAAAUAUUACUCUUCGAAGGUCGCAAAAAUAUUACUCUUUGAAGGCUGCAAAAAUAUAUCUCUUCGAAGGUCGCAAAAAUAUUACUCUUUGAAGGCCGCAAAAAUAUUACUCUUUGAAGGCUGCAAAAAUAUUACUCUUCGAAGGCCGCAAAAAUAUGUGACACGCUCUUAUGGCUCUACAAAUAAGAUCGUGUCAGAUAUUUUUGCGGCCUUUGUUGUGUGACUUUACCUAGAAUUCUGUAAAAUGCGAGAUGUAACUAUCUGAGAGAGUGAGAUGGUAAGAGAUUUUGAUUUAGAUAGCCAUGCUGAGUUGUUAAAUAUUACAAGACAAUUGAUACUUAAUUUAAAAAUAUAUAUAUAUUUUGAAAAACUUAAAUCCAGACAUCGAAAUUUUGGGGUCAAAAAUUAUAGAGAGUUCCUAUAUUGAGAAACUCUAUUAUCAAUAUGUGUCGUUUCCAAGCAAAAAGUCCCACUUGGUCGCUUACCAUAAGGACGCUUUGACAGUCAAAUUUCGUCCUUAUGGGAAGCGAUAAAGUGGGACCUUUGAAUAACACUUCGACACAUAUUUGUCAAUUAAUUUUGCCCCCUAAUAUCCGACGUCUAAUUAAAUCUGUCAGUCAGAAAGGCUUGUACUUAAAAUGCGUUUAAUACUUAAAUAAAAUCAAUAGCAAACUUAUUUUUAUUACAUUUAUUUCCUUCCGACAUCCGAUAUCUGAUCGGACAAUGUGAAAACGCUCUAAGGACGCUUUGACAGGUUAUUCGUAUAAAUAUACAAGCAAAUUUCGUCCUUAUGGUAAGCGACAAAGUGGGACCUUUCACUUCUCUUUUUUCCUUAGACUGUAUUCAUCUUAAAACGGAGUUACAUAGGUCUUUGGUAUCAUCAUACAGAACGGCCACGCACCGCCCCGCCCUGAUUCGAAUGACCUCGCCCCGCGACAGCAGAUUGACGACCUUUUGCCGAACGCUCAGUUCGGUUUUUAGGCAACUUACUCACACAAUGACGCAUGACGCGUGUACGGACGUGCCGGUCACACAUAGAAACGCAAAUGAUUUUUGAUGUAUGGCGUGUCCGCCCUGUGAUUGAAUGUAAUAUUUGCUGGCGACGUUCUUGAACGACGUAUGAUUCUAGCGAAGUGAGCUACAGCCGGGGAAUAAUGUAGCGUUUCGUCACUCAGUAUAAUCUAUUCCCAAUAAAAAAAACCCGGCCAAGUGCGAGUCCGACUCGCACUUGACCGGUUUUUUAUAGUUUGACAAGCUAUUUCCGUCACUAGAAAAGGGCGGCAAAUUUAAAAAAGUAGGCGCGAAGGGUUGUCCUCCCAUAGAAAAUAUGAAUUUCGUGCCGUUUUCUACUGACAGUGGGCUUGCCAGAGUAUAAGCAUUUUAUUUUCUACCUCGGAAAUACAUAAAAGUCUCUCAUGAAUUAUAUUAUUGCGUUUGAAUAACAGCGUCGGCGUCUAGUGUGGGAUGUCUCUAAAGGUAGAAAAUUAAAUGUAUAUAACCAUACUUAAUCUCUUAAGGCCUACCAUACAAAUUGGUAGUUGAAUUUGGAGUCAAUAGUGAACAAAAUAUGGUUGAAUUUCUUUUGUUUUGUAAUUAAAUGAAACCAUAGAGUAACUUAUACUAGAGCGGUACUGUCAUAGUAAAUUUUGUAACCCCAGCAGGGACCGGCCCGCUAUCCCUUAUCGGGGUUUUAUAAGGGUAUUGCAUAAGGCUUAACUCACCAUACCCUUUGCCAGACGAAACCCUUUGUUUUGCUUUUAAAAACCCGCUACCACACUUGAGUAAUCGGUAGCCCAAAUACCCUUACAAAACCCUUAUUAUCCGCUCACCAACACCUUGCAUAUUGCUUAUAAGGGUUAGACUUAUAAAGGGCUUCCCUUUUAGCAUAUAAGCGUGCUAAUUUAAGUCGUCUACCUUGUUCAUAAAGCACACAUUACUUCGAAUCCGAGCGAUCGUUGGCGGCGACGGCGGCGUUCUUUGACUAGGCACGUAUUUUCUUUUCUUUUCAUACACUACCGUAGAUAUAUACUAAUCCUGUCUCUUUCACGCAAAGGGAAACCUUUAUAAAAAGCGCUUAAAGAUAAGGGUAACCCUUAUUAAGAGCUAGCCUUAUUUUUGGUUAGCUUUUCGGUAAGGGUAUGAAUGGGCUUGCAGUUCAAAAGGGGAAGUCUUUCAAUGUGUUAGCCGUGUUUAAGUGUCGCCCAUUGAAAGGGUUUUAUCGCGGAAAGGGUUGUCCGGUCCCUGAACCCCAGUAAAUUCACUGCCAUCUGUCGACACACUUUAAAACUAAAAAUGAAGAUUUAUAAAAAUACGAUAAAAUGUAUUUAAAUAUGGAUAAAUGAUUUUUUUUAUUUGCAUUAAUUAUUUUUAUGAUUUUCACCUAUGUUCUUUCACUGAUAUGCGUUAAAAUUGUUAAAUAACAAACGAAACCGUCAGCGCCAUAUAUACGACAGUAGGCCAAAGCUAGUAGCGCCCUAUGAACGAGAAUAAAAUUUUCUUGAUUUUCGAGGCACGUUUUUUCCUUAGAAUGUAUCAAUCUAUUACGGAGUUAUAUCUAUCUUUGAUGAAACAAAAGAAAUACAUCUGUAUUCCAAUUCAAAAUGGUUUAAAUUACCUUGAAGUAAUUAGUAACGCCUUAGGCCUUACGAAGUUAAAACAUAAUUUUGUUUUAUAGACUACAUAUUGAUGAUGUUUCGCUACUUGUGCCUACAGAUGUUUAAAAAAGAGAUGUGUGUGAAAUAAAUAAUGAAACUAU